CCGCAAACGCCCACGCACGUAGACUUCUUCUAUAAAAUAAGCCUGAUGCUGAUGUCAAACCCUCUUUGACAGAAGUGACAACACCAUGAGCACGCUCUUCCUACCAGCUCUCCUCCUGCUCUCUGGUGUCCUCUGUGGUGCCUCAACAGUGGAUCCUGUUCCCACCUAUGAGCACCAAGACCGAUCCACCGGGAAAAUCCUCCAGUGCAACAGGUGUCCACCAGGCACUCACAUGGUCGCUCACUGCACUGCCACCAGCCCCACCCGGUGCUCUCCUUGCAGACCGGACCACUUCACCGAGCUGUGGAACUACCUGCCCAGGUGUCUGUACUGCAACAACCUAUGCUCUGAGAACCAGGAGGUGGAGAAGGAGUGCUCCCCGACCAGCGACAGGGUGUGUCGGUGCAAAGAGGGCUUCUACGCCUCUGACGACUUCUGUUUCCCACACUCAGAAUGUGGCCCCGGGCAGGGAGUCCUAACCAAAGGUACAUUGCAAAAUGACACUGUUUGUGAGCACUGCCCUGAUGGCUAUUUUUCCAACUCAUCUUCUACGUCGGAUUUGUGUGUAAAACACCAGGAAUGCCCAAACACACAGUCUGUGCUCCUCCACGGCUCAGCGUACCAUGACACAGUGUGUGGCUCCUGGGAAGAUCUUGCAAACGGAGGUGACACGCUGAGGACAUUUCUCUCCAGCAUUCUUCAGUUCACACAGGAUGCGUGUAGGAAGAAUGAAAAGAUUUAUCCACAAGUACAUCCAGAAGUCGGGAGAAGACAGGUGGGCCACUCUCCCUAAAAAGAGAGGUCCUCUCCUGGAUAUAAUCAGAGAGUGGCUGGUCCAGGCACCAGAGGAGGAGCUGAGAAAACUGCC